UCUCUGCAGACUUUAUGCGGAAAAAAGUUGUGUCAUUGCAGGUUUUCAGAUUUUAGAUGGCUAGGAGAGGCAUUGCUGCCGAUCACACUCUCUCAAGGGCGCGACCACACACACACACACACACACACACAGACAGAUGUGUGCAAAGUAAUUCCUGUUUGGUCUAGAGAAGCGUGUUAGAGGUUGACUGGAGAUCCUGAUUAUAAGAAGAUCGUAAAGACGAAGUCUCUGCAGAAUCUCUUAAGUCAUGAAGGUGGUCCUGGCUUUGCUGCUCACCCUGUCUAGCGAUGUCCUGUCUCUGGACAAACUCAACAUGUGUAUGGAUGCAAAACAUCACAAAGUAGAGCCUGGUCCUGAGGGACAACUGUACAGCCAGUGUUCUCCAUGGCGUGAAAACGCAUGCUGCACUGCAAACACCAGCGAAGAAGCCCACAAUGACAACUCCUACCUCUACAAGUUCAACUGGAAUCACUGUGGCGCAAUGAGUGAUGCGUGCAAGAAACAUUUCAUUCAGGACACAUGCUUCUACGAAUGUUCGCCACACCUGGGACCGUGGAUACAAGAAGCAGAUCAGAGCUGGCGUAAGGAGCGUAUCAUAGAUGUGCCUCUCUGUAAGGAAGACUGCGAAAGCUGGUGGUCAGACUGCAAGAAUGACACGACCUGCAAGACGGACUGGCACAAGGGAUGGGACUGGAGCUCAGGUACAAACAAGUGCCCUGAAGGCAGCAAAUGCAGUAAAUGGACUGACGUGUUUCCAACACCUAAAUCUAUGUGUGAACAGAUCUGGUCCCAAUCUUACGUUUACACCACUUAUACCAAAUCCUCUGGCCGCUGCAUGCAGCUCUGGUUCACCGGAGCAAAUCCCAACAGAAAGGUGGCAGAGUAUUACCUUAACAACUCCAAGGGGAGCCAGAGCUUUUCCCCAACGAUGCUGCUCUUCCUGACUGUCAUGGUUUUGACUGGAAUAAACAACUAAAAAUCCUCCUGUUUCACCUUGAAGAAAGUAAUAAAGUGGUUUGCAAGGUU